AUGGAUAUUCCACAAAUCCUCCAUUAUAUAAUACAAGGAAUGUGGUUAUCCAUAUCCUUGGAUGGUGUAGGUUGUCAAACGACUUCUUUUAAGCCAGUACAACGAAGAAGUCAUACCGCUACACUCAUAGACGAUAAAUUAUACAUUUUAGGUGGAAGAAAUGAAGCUUAUGAUAUAAAAAUUGGCACAGAAUUUUUUUAUAUUGACUUCUCCGUUCCAUUUAAUACUCAAAAUAUAUUGUGGCAUGAUUUGACAAGCGUUAAUACAGUUCCAGCACAUUUUGCUGCUGCAUCCGUUAAUGGUGGUGCAAAUAAUAAGACCUUAUUUUUGUAUGGAGGAAUUCCUUAUAAUGAAGGCAUGUCUUUAGUUUAUGCAUUUGAUACUCGAAGUAGUUCAUGGGCUCCAGAAAUUUCCAGCGUUAGUAUUAUUAGAAAAGAUAGCUUACAAGGCAUUGUUGAUUUUAAUGGUAAAAUGUAUUUGUUCGGUGGACAAUCGAAAAGCAUUCCUGUAAAUGAUAUGUUUAUUUUAGAUACUAUAAAUUUAAAUUGGGAAAUAGGAAGUUCAAUUAAUGCGCCUUCUCCACGAGCUGGCUAUGGUGCAUCUUUAUUAUCAAAUGACCUCAUUAUUUAUUUAG